GUUGAGUUAUGAAGCCUUCUCCAUGUAGCUCUAUCUAGAGUUAAAAUGAGCAACAGUAUUAUCCUUCAGGAGGUUCUUAUCAAAAGAUCACAACAGAAACGAAGGACAUCACCUGCAAAUUAUAAACUCCGUUGUUUCAUUCUCACUAAGACUAGAUUGGCUUACUUUGAGCAUCGCACGGGGAAAAAGGACACAUUGAAGGGCUCCAUUGAACUGUCAAAAAUUAAAUGUGUAGAAAUUGUGAAGAGUGACAUAUAUAUUCCAUGCAGCUUUAAAUAUCCCUUCCAGGUUUUCCAUGAUAGUUACAUCUUAUAUGUAUUUGCACCAGAGAAAGACAGCAGGAACAGAUGGGUGUGUGCACUAAAGGAAGAAACAAGGAACAACAGUAUUAUAGUCCCAAAGUUCCACCCAAACUUCUGGUGUGAUGGCAGAUGGAGGUGUUGUGCACAAACAGAGAAGUUGGCACUUGGCUGUUCACUAUAUGACCCAAACAAAGAUGCAUCUAAAAAACCUCUUCCUCCAACACCAGAUGACAACUGGAGAGCAUUCUCAGAAGAAGAAGAAGAACAGAUUUUCAUUGCCCUGUAUGACUUCAAAUCCCCAGAUUCUCCAGAACUAGAAUUAAUUAAAGGAGAAGAAUAUUUUCUUAUUGAUGGCUCGCAACCUGACUGGUGGAAAGUACAAGACAAAUAUGGGAAUGAGAUGUUGGCACCAUCGAAUUUUUUAUCGGAAAAAUCCUGCAACAACCUACACAAAUAUCAAUGGUACAAUGGAACAAUGGCAAGAAGCAGGGCUGAACAACUUCUGAAUAAUGAGGGCAAAGAAGGGGCAUUCAUAGUGAGAGACUCCAAACAACCUGGCAUGUACACUGUCUCUGUUUACAGCAAAGCAGGAAGGGAUACUGGUCCUGCCAUAAAGCACUAUCAUAUCAAGGAAACAGAUGACAAUCCAAAACAAUAUUACCUGGCAGAAAAACAUGUCUUCCCAUCAAUACCAAAACUCAUCUACUAUCACCAGCACAAUGGAGCAGGUCUCAUCACACGACUCCGAUAUCCUGUCUCCUGCAGAGAAGACAUGCAGCUCACACCUACUAAUCUCCCCUUUGAUAAGUGGGAAAUAGAUCCUUCUGAGCUGACAGUUGUACAGGAAAUUGGAAGUGGUCAGUUUGGAGUAGUUCAUUUAGGAUACUGGCAGGGAAGUACCAAAGUGGCAAUCAAGAUGGUUCGGGAAGGUGCUAUGUCUGAAGAAGACUUCAUGGAGGAAGCUCAAGUAAUGAUGAAGCUUUCUCAUAAUAAAUUAGUUCUCCUGUAUGGUAUUUGCAGUCAGCAGUCUCCCUUGUACCUGAUAUCUGAGUUUCUAGAACAUGGCUGUCUCUUAGACUAUCUGAAAAAUCACAAAGGGCGUUUUUCUAAACUUCUCCUGAUUGAAAUGUGUAAAGAUGUCUGUGAAGGGAUGGCAUACCUCGAAAGUGUUCGAUUCAUUCACAGAGACCUGGCUGCAAGAAACUGUUUAGUAGGAGAACAUAAUAUAGUGAAGAUUUCUGACUUUGGGAUGUCUAGGUUUGUCCUGGAUGAUCAAUAUACAAGCUCUUCUGGCACAAAGUUCCCAGUCAAGUGGUCUGCUCCAGAGGUUUUCCGUUACUCAAAAUACAGCAGCAAGUCAGACGUAUGGUCAUUUGGUGUGCUGAUGUGGGAAGUAUUCACAGAAGGAAAAAUGCCAUAUGAGAACCGAUCAAAUAUGGAAGUUGUUGAUGAUAUUUCUUUAGGGGUGAGACUUUAUAAACCGAAGCUGGCAUCAAAUGUAAUCUAUGAACUUAUGGACUGGUGCUGGAAAGAGAAACCAGAAGACAGACCAUCCUUUGCUGUUGUUUUACAUGAACUUGAGGCAGCAUCAUAACAUGGAUUAUAACUGGAAGGACAGUAUGGUACAGCAGUAUAACUUGCAGAUGUCUAAUCAGAAUAGUAGUGGAGACAUUUACAGUCAGCAUUAUACCAUAUCUCUUGGAUCUUCUACAAAAUGAUGUACCAGGAAAAAAAUCCAGAGAAUUCCUAAAGUUAUACUAAGCUUUAAUAGACCAGUUUGUUCUAUGCUGCGAUAAUUAAUGGUGUUUUUACUCAUUCCAUUUGGAUGCACUCAGUUACUUACGUCAUUAAAUGGAUCCUUUUUUCAGUGACUUACUUUCCUAAUUUGCCAUAACUCUGGAUGAUGGAAGUAGCCCCAUUCACACAUAUAAGUCGUAUUAGACUCUGUGGUAUCUUGAAUAGUAAUUUGUGGUACACUCAGACUGUUUUCUGAAAAGAAUUUCAGCCUUCUUAAGUCAUGAAACGUCAAAGAAGAUAUAAUGGAUUCUGUAAUUUCUUUGAACUGUCAUCUGUAUUUUCUGAGGUUAUAGUUUAUGGAUUACUUAUAUUUUUAAUCCUGCCUUCUGCAGCUAUAUUAUUUUUAAAAAAUGGGUUCCUUUAUCCAUUUGAAAGGCCACUGAGAAAGCUUUGUUAGACUCCUGUAUUCAGUAGUGUAAUAGUUUCUGGACAUUUCAGCCUUUUUAAGUCAUGACACUGCAGACUCAUUGAACUGUUAUCUGGAAUUGCUAAGAGGUUGUAGAUGACAGAUCACUUACAUUUUUACUUUGCCUUCUGAAUCUAUAUUAUCUUUAAAAAUGGAUUCCCUUAUCCUGUCAGAUGCCAUCAAAGAAAGCCUUGAUAAACGCCAGUAAUCAGCAGCGCUAUAGUUUCAUGACAUGCAUGGACAUGUUCUUCUCUACUGUGUAAUAAAAUGCUAGUGUUUUGAUAUUUAUUUUUCACUAUUGAUGAUGCUUCUAAAGCAACUGUCAGAAAAUUCUGGUUCGGCAAAUGACUCUUCAACACUGCAGUGGUACACAGGAUGGACUAAUUGCAUUGAAAUUUGGAAUACUUACACAAUGAAACCACAUUUCUGUUUCGCUAGUGCUUUACUGAACAUAACUUUUAUUGUGUGAAUAUAGUAAAUAUUCUAGUGUGUGUGUGUGUGUGUGUGUGUGUGUGUG